UCUUCCCAUUUGUUUCUUUCAUAAACAAUUUCCUAAAAACGAUCAUGUUUCCUCGUUCCUCAGCGUGUUUGCUGCCUCAUGUCUUGGUUUUUUCUCUCUUCAUCACUGCAAAAGCGUUAAUAAAGAUGCCAGAAAACGAAACCAUACCUGCUGUAAUUGUGUUUGGGGAUUCGAUUGUUGACGCAGGUAACAACAACGAUAUCCGGACAAUUAUUAAGUGCAACUUCGUCCCAUACGGAAAAGAUUUUGAUGGGGGUGUUCCAACAGGAAGGUUUUGCAAUGGCAAAAUCCCUUCCGAUAUAAUAGCUGAAGAAUUGGGAAUUAAAGAUAUGGUGCCAGCAUAUCUGGAUCCAACAUUGAAAACCCAAGAUCUCAUAACUGGAGUUACCUUUGCAUCUGGUGGCACUGGAUAUGAUCCCCUCACUUCCAAAUUAGCGUCAGUUAUAUCGAUGGGGGAGCAGUUAAACUACUUUAAAGAAUACAUAGCCAAGUUGAAAGCUGUUGUCGGAGAAGACCAAACAAACUUCAUCUUAGCAAAGAGUAUGAUCCUUGUCGUAGCCGGCAGCGACGACAUUGCCAAUACAUAUUUUGUUCUCCGGGCAAGGAAAUUGCAGUACGAUAUUCCUGCUUACACUGACUUAAUGGUUAACUCCGCGGCUGGGUUUGUCAAGGAACUAUAUGGUUUGGGAGCAAGGAGAAUUGUGGUAAUCAGGACACCACCAAUCGGGUGCGUUCCAUCUCAAAGAACUUUAGGCGGAGGAAUCGAAAGGGAAUGUGCUGAAGAUUACAACGUAGCAGCUAAACUCUUCAACAAGAAGCUAAUUUCUGUGUUGAAUUCCUUUCGGACAAGCAUGCCUGAUGGCCGAUAUGUGUACAUAGAUGUCUACAACCCUCUGCUUGAUAUCAUUCAAAACCCUAAAAAAUAUGGCUUUGAAGUUGCAAACAAAGGGUGCUGUGGAACCGCGAACAUAGAGGUGUCAAUAUUGUGUAAUCAACUCAGUCCAUCCACGUGUACAGAUGUGGACAAGUAUAUCUUUUGGGACAGUUAUCAUCCAACAGAGAAGGCCUACAGAGCCUUGGUUACGCCCGUCCUUCAGAAGGUUAUCAACGAGUUCUUCUGAUAAACCAAAUCUCAGAUUGAAA